AUGGAGCGAGUUGAUGUCCAUUGUCAUGCCGUCCCCCCGGGCUAUCGUCAGCAUGCUAUUGAUAAUGGCCAUGGAAUGCCUGAUGGAAUGCCUGGUCUUCCUGCCUGGAGUCCAGAGCAGCACAUUGCGCUCAUGAAACGACUGAAUAUUACCAAGUCGAUAUUAAGCAUCACAUCUCCAGGAACUCACCUUGUGCCCACUAAGGACCAUUAUGCCGCAAAAAUAACUCGCCAAGCAAACGAGGAGCUCUCUAAUAUUUGCGUCAAUCAUCAACCGCACUUCGCCUUUUUUGCAUCAUUGCCGCUCCCAUCUAUUCAGGAGUCAUUGCUUGAGAUUGACCAUGCCUUGGACAACCUGGGUGCAGUCGGAUUUGCUGUCAUGUCCAACGCGAACGGUGUAUAUCUCGGAGACGUGGCACUGGACCCUGUUUUCGAAAAAUUAAACGCACGCAAAACUAUCCUGUUUAUCCAUCCUACUACCUGCAACGUACUUGAGCGAGGAGGCGAAAUACACACCGUGAAACCACUUGAACAAUACCCUCGUCCGAUGAUGGAGUUUAUGUUUGACGAGACACGCGCUGUUGCAAACCUGCUCCUCUCGGGCACUGUAGCAAGAUACCCAGACAUUACUUUUAUCAUGUCACAUUGUGGCUGCGUACUCCCCGCAAUAUUAGACCGCAUUGGCUCUUUCGCGAUGGUCGGGGGAGGAGAAAACCGAAGCAAUGAGUUUCGAAAGCUGCUGCGCGAGCGAUUCUUUUUCGAUGUGGCUGGAUCCCCCUUUCCAGAUCAGAUUCGGGGACUCCUUAGAAUGUUGGGCAGUGCUGGCGAGCAAAGAUUGGUCUACGGGACCGACUAUCCUUUCACACCUGACAAGGUUGUUGUCCAUUUAGCAGAUCAGAUGGACGUAGGCUGCAAGGAGCUACUGGGCACGGAUCAGACACACGCUAUGUACUCGGGCAAUGCAGCGAAGGUGUUUGGUCUCUAG